CUGUUCGUCUAGUCUCCUUUGUGAGAGUCAAGAUGAAGGCAGCCGGAGCUCUUCUGUCUCUGGCCCUUGUCCACGCGUGUGUUUCUGUCCCCAUCAGCAAAUCCACCAACUGGCUGAGAGAAUGCCGAGCCUCCAGCGACAGCUCCAUCAAUGCCCUGGAGGUGCUGCCUGGUGGUGGCUGGGACAACCUGCGGAACAUGGACAUGGGACGAGUCAUGAACAUCACUUACUUCCAGUGCCAAACCACCGAGGACGGACUCUACCUGAUUCCAGAUGAGGUGUUUGUCAUUCCCGACAAGGAGACAGGAGUGGAGACCAGCUCGGAGAUAGUGCAGACCUGGCAGGAGCAGAAGAGCGCGACGUCCUCCUCUAUCAACGCCGACGUAUCCUUCAUGUCCCGGCUGAAUGGCAAAUUUUCAGUGGAGAACCAGAGGAUGAAAAUCCACCAGCACAAAGAGUCCUCAACCAUGAUGAGAGUGCAGGUUCGAAACCGGAUCUACACAGUCAAGGCUUAUCCUGACUUCAACCUGGAUGCUCGCUUUGCUCAGCUGGCUAAAGAAAUAGGUGACGCUAUCGAGAACAAGCAGAGCAGUAACGCCAACUAUCUCUCAGAGAAGAUGGUGCUGGAGUACGGGACCCACGUCAUCACCAGCUUGGAUGCCGGGGCUUCGCUGGUCCAGGAGGACUACCUCACCUCUUCCUAUUUAGCUGACAAUGUUUCGCAACUUUCAACUAUCCGAGCAAGCGCUGGCCUGAACUUCUUUGACAAACUGAAAUUCGACAUCGGCGGCCAAUCCACGGAACAGAGUUCCUCCCUUCAGCUUUACCGGUCCAACAUUGAGUAUUCCCUCAUUCAAAGUCACGGGGGUGACGCCUUCUAUCCGGGCAUCACUCUGCAGGGGUGGCAGCAGAGCACCAGGAACAACCUGGUCGCCAUCGACCGCUCGGGAUUCCCUCUCCAGUACUUCAUAAACGUGAACACCCUGCCCGACCUGCCGCAGCCCACUGUCAGCAAAGUGGCUCGCUCAGUCAGCCAUGCCAUCGAGCGGUACUACAAGAUCAACACCCGCCCUGGCUGCGUAGACCCCAACUCAAACAACUACAACUUCCAGGCCAACCUCGACGAUGCCUCCUGCAGCGGUCCGGCCACCAACCUCAGUUUCGGCGGCAUCUACCAAGCGUGUACCCCUCUCAGUGACGAUGCCGCGCCCCUUUGUGAUAGUUUGGCUGAAAAGAACCCAGACACCGGCGACUUCACCUGCCGCUCGCCGUACUCCUCUGUUUUCCUGAGGUCAGAGAUCAGGCAGCAGGCCUACAGCCAGAUAGAGUGCCACGAGGAAAGGUACCGCUGCCAUUUAGUUUUUCACUGCACGCGGCAGGUGUGCCAAGACGUCUCCCACGUUCGUGUUGCCCGCAUCGACACACACUGGUGCGUUGUUAAUGGGGCCACUCCUGAACACUCGGGGUACCUCUUUGGCGGCUUCUACGGCCCGAAUAUGAUAAAUCCCAUCACCAACACCAAAGGCUGCCCCUCUAACUACAUUGCCCUCAAGUUCCUCUCAGAUGGACAAACAAUCUGUAUUAGCAAUGAAUACGAAGGCGCUAGCAAAGACGCCGUACCAUUCGGGGGACUCUUCAGCUGUGAAUCGGCAAACCCCCUCGCGGCACAGAGGCAGCAGUGCCCCCCGCAGUUCAGCCAACACCUGGUGUCAGUGAGUGAUGGCUGCGAGAUCCUCUACUGUGUGCAGUCAGGACUCUUCACCGGGGGUCAACUUCUGCCAGUCCACCUCCCACCCUUCACCAGACCUCCACUGAUCAGCAUGCAAGCUACGAACACUGUCAUGGUGAUGACAGACGGGGACAAGAACUGGGUGAGGGUUGGGGGAACCAAAAUGUGGAAGCUGGCCACACCAGAAGAGAUCGCAGCCACUUUGAAAAUCAUGAACCCAGGUGAGAUGUCUGCUGGAGAGAAGGCUGGCGUAGCAUUGGGAGUGAUCGCCUUGAUGGCGCUGUUGGUGGUUGCUGCAGUUCUAGUGAGGAGGAAGAGGAGGGGUAUGUCAGAGUACCGGCAGAUAGAGGCGACAGAGCAAGAUGAGGAGAGGACUCCGCUCAUUGCGCAGUCCACUUAAGCAGGACUGGGUCACAGUCGAUGCUGUGCUUUUUUUAUUCGAUAAAGCUGUACAAGGUGUGACCCACCUUUCUUUACUGCAGUCAAAAAGCUAAGCUCCGUUGUGAAUCACUGUAAUGUGUGGAUGGUACGAUUUGAGAAGGGGAGUCAUCUCAGGGUUAUCAAUGCUGCCCUCUAGAGGUUGCUAAAAGAAGAGCUUUUUUUUUUUUCCUCAAUGAGAUUGUAAUAGGUGAUUCUACUCAGUGUCUUGCGAAUGGAUUUGUUCAGAACCAUUAAAACUAGGAAUCCAUGUAUUACACGCUUCCUUUCCUGACUUCAAUAAACAUUUAUUACACCACAA